AUGACCAGGGAGGCCUCACUAGUAUCUUAUGGCGAGGGCCCAAGGCCUAUCUCCAGAGACGGGGACCCUAUAACAGUUACAAAUUCGGUCUUUAUAGUUAGACCCACCAAGAGUUACCCUAAUCUAGCACCUAAUAAGGAACUGCCCGAUAAUAUUCGUUAUAUCAACAAAUAUAACGUGUCAUUUUUUCACAAGCUUGCCGCCUUCUUUCAGAGUCAAAGCACCUCAUAUAGCAUCUUUAUUAGGCGAGUGAUAAGAGGGUAUAGGGGAAGCUUAUAUCUGGAAAGCUAUAUAUUUAAAUACAAUAAUAAGAUCUGCUAUAAAACAGAGGAAGAGAUUAUCUCUCUCCUCUCCCAUGAAAUAAUUCAUAGCUUCUUAUUAAUAGAUCUCGAGGAUAAUGGCUAUGAUAAUAGGUGGUAUAUUGAAGGUAGCAGCCCCCUCGCUAAGUUUUAUUGCCCUAUCACUUUGGCCCUCAGGGCUUUAAGUACCUUAUGA